AAAAAUGAAAUCAAACUUUCUCUGGAAUCAAAGCAAUAAAUCAUCAACUGUUAAUAUUAAGAAAGAGGACUUCAGCGAACUAUCAAGCAAUGCUGAAGAAGAAAUUUGCACAGACUCUCUUGACUUUGUAGUUGGGAUCCAAGCUCCGAAGAUAGAAGUCAAACCGAAAGUUAAAGAUCCUGCAAAAACUAGGAUGGAUAUUCUCCAAAUUGACCAAGCAAUUUCGACUAAUCUUGAUCAGCAAAGAGAUAUAGAUAGUGAGAAUUCAGGUCAACCAAUGACAAUAAGCUCUUACAGGAAGACUUUUGAAAAACCAAUGUUCAAAACAACCAGCUCUAAAAGAACUCAUAGGCCAAGAGAAGACUGUCAACCCUCAAUGUUUGAAUUUCGCAACACUACCUCCACCAAUCGACAGAAUUUAGUCAUGAACAUGACCAGGAAGGGUUUGGUUGAGUUUAUGAAACAAUACAACACUGUUUUCAACAAAACUUCUAAAUAAAAAGGCUAAAACCAGAUCUACCACACGUCAGUUGAAUCCUUCAGUGCUGUCACCUCAAAACUUAUGUUCUGAUUUGCCACCUAAUUUCCAAGAGAAAUACACUACGAAUUUCCAGGUCCGCCAGAUCCAAACUACUGAGAACAAAUAGAAAAGGAUUCUUUAGGAUCAAAAAGAGACCUUCAGUUGAAAUCAACGAAUAUGUUCAGAGGAGGAAGAAAUCCCUCUCCAGGGAGAUCAGAAGGAAGAAGAUCUUGAGCGGCACCAAAGGAACCAAAGUUAAGAGUGAACAAAAUCAACCUGAUAUUUUUGAAAUGAUGCAAUAUAAAAAGCUAAAAGUCAACGAAAUGCUAUAUGAUGUACCCAAGGUCUUACAGUCAGACCAGUUCAGAGACACAGCAAGAAUGGCUAAAAAGAAGAAAAAAGUUGAAGAGAAGAGACAACCUGUAACACUUCCUCCCGAAAGUUCCAAACCUGUGUCCUCGCACUCAACUAUUAGGUAUUACGAUGAGCAGGAUACGAAAUAAUGAUUCUCAACUGAUGGCUAAAAGGUUUAGAAGUACUUCUAUUCUCAGGAACUAUAACAAAAUAUGUUCGAAGACUACUUCAAAAUAAUAUUACCAAAACUUUAUUAGGGCUACAGAGGCAGAAAAUUGCUGUGAAGCAAAUGCGAAGUCAAUUCGAUGAUAAAUAUUUCAACAAUAUCAGACUUUGAAAAACCAAUCGUAACAGAAGGAGUGAUUUGACCAAAAUAUUAGAUGAUUCGAAGUUCACCGUUGGGAUUUCCAAUGCAAGCAUAUCUACUAAGAAGACAGAUGGGAUACUGGAUGCUCCAAAGACUGCAUUACAAAGAAAUAUGACAAAUUAUCCUGCAAACAAGUGGCUGAGGAAGCAUAAUUCUAAGAACGAAUUACAAGAAGAUUCAUGAAUGAUGCAGCAGUCCAAGGAAUCUUCCACUAUUAACCCAGAAGAUAUAGGCCUGAAAGCAUUUCUUGAUAAGAAUAAAAGCCCUGACAAGUUCAAAUUCAUGACAAUCUACAGGAUGCAAAGAGCUGAAGAAGGAACCAGCCAGGUUCAAAACAAAAGGAAGAGAGUAAUGAAGAAGAAAAGCGAAAGCAUCUUUGACAACAAGUAACUAGCAACAAUAGUCUCAAUCU